UAAUGAUAGCAGAAUUAAUAAAUUAAAAAAUCAUAUAGAAAAUAGUUUUAGUACCAUGUGGUAAUAGAAAAGAUAAAUAAUUAACAGAUGGAUUUCAUAGAUACAAAAUGUUAUAAUUGCUUGUAGAAAGUAUUUGAAUAUUUAAAGAACUAAAGAUCAAUUUAAAAAUAUAGAUUUAGUUGUAAUAGAUGAUUAUGAAUUAUAAAAUGGAUAAUUGGUGCCUACAUAUUAUAUGUUAUAAAAAAUGAGAGAUAAAUAUUAAGAUGUUUAUUUUGUGAUUGGCAGUGAUUUAGUAAAUAGUUUACCUAAUUGGGUUGAAGGUUUAAAAUUAAUUGCAGAAACUAAAUUUAUUAUUCUUAAUAGAAGUUCACAUAAAAUCAAUUAAAAUGCAAUUCUACCUCCUAAUUAUGAAAUGGUGUAAGAUUUUGAAUUCGGAAUUAGUUCUACUGAAAUUAGAAAAAGGAUUAAGAAUUCUUGUACUCAAUAUCUAGAUUGUUUAGGUAUAUUAACACCAGAAAUUAUAGAAUACAUUAAAGUAAAUAAUUUAUAUCAAUCAUGA